AUGUCGAAUGAAGAAUUAGAAGUAUUGAGAGGUUCUAUUGGACAUUUUAUUUCCAUGAACUCAUUUCUUUCGACGAGUAUCGAGCGGAAACAAGCACUUGCAUUUCUCGAUGCUACUACUAUCUCAGAUGAUUUGCAACGUGUCUUAAUUAUGAUUGAUGCCGAUCCUCGACUCGAUGGUGUUAAACCUUUUGCCAAUAUUACUAUUCACAGUUAUUUUACCGACGAAAAAGAAGUACUCAUGAUGUUGGGAUCCAUCUUUCAAUUGAUCGAUAUUCGAAGCGAUGAUCAACUAUGGCUCAUCCGAAUGAAACUAUGCGGCGAUAAGGAUCAUACGUGGAAGCCUGUCUUUGAACAGAUGAAAAAUCAAUAUGGUGGACGUGAUGGACAAACUGAUCUUCUCUCAUUUGGAUCGGUACUCAGUGAUAUGGGUAAAUACAAUGAUGCUGAAAAAUACUUUCGUCGUUUACUCAAUGAACUUCCUCAUGACCAUAAUGGCAUUGCUGAUUGCUAUCAUAAUCUUGGCGAGAUUGCUCUUGAAAAAGGUGACUAUGAUGUUAGUCUCGAAUGGUUUUACAAAUCGCUUGAAAUCAAACUGCAAAAAUUAGUAUCGCAUCAUCCUGAUCUUGCCGAGAGUUACAACAGUAUAGGGGUAGUUCAUCGUAAGAAAGGUGAUUACAGACAGGCACUAGAAUCUUACACUAAGGCAUUAGCGAUUUUUAAGCAAGCAUUCAAUGAGGAUAACAUAAAAAUAGCCAAAUGUUACAAUAAUAUGGGUAAUAUCUAUCAGUUAGAAAUGAAAUACUCGGAUGCACUUGAAUAUUAUCAAAAAGCACUAGCCAUUCAACAACGUCAACUCCAUGGUGAUCAUCCAGACUUGGGCUCAUCAUAUGGCAAUAUUGGUGGUGUUUAUCAGUGUCUUCGUCAGCAUGAUCGUGCAUUGAAAAAUUAUAAAAUGUCACUCGAAAUUCUCGAAAAGUCACUUCCUUCUCAACAUCCAUUGAUUGCGAUGACUCUCAAGAAUAUAGGUAUUGUCUAUGAGGAUAAAGGGGAAUUGCAACAAGCAUUGGCAUAUUUUGAAAAAGCAGAGGCUAUUCGUCGCCAAGCAUUACCUUCAACACAUCCUCAUAUUCGUCUUAUUGAGGAAGACAUUCAACGUGUAAAGCUUCAAAUGAACAAAUUUUCAUAA